GACGAGGGUGCUGGAUACGGGGCUCGUCAUACAGGUUGCGGGGCAGGUCGCUGUGAAUGAGGCCUGGUGCAUGGCGGUCAGGCGGCGGACUCGGCCCUCCACAGGUUUAAAAGCAUGCUCGGAGUAGGUCUGGGACAACCUGCCUUUUCGUUCUCAUUCUCCACCUUUGGAGUUGCUGAUUUGCUAGUGUGAAAGUUCCUUACUUGCACAGAAGCAUGGAACCAUUCAAGAUCCAACGAAGUUCUAUCACAGAGCGAAGCCUUUCAUGCUGAAUACAUGUCUAAGGAGACACCAUCAGAGCAGAAUGGAGAGCUUGGGUCUGCCGGCAGUGACCCUUUCUGAUGGGACAACAGCCUAUGUUCAGGAAGAUGGCAGUGAAGAGAAGUUAAUUGAAGGACAAGUGAUUGAACUUGAAGAUGGAUCCACAGCUUUUGUCCAACAAGUAACGUUGCAGAAAGGGUCUAUCACAUUUGAAGACGGUCAGCCAGUAGCAUUGGAAGAUGGCACCAUGGCUUUUAUACAUCAUGCUCCCAAAGAGGGUUAUGACCCCAACACCUUGGAAGCCAUCCAGCUGGAAGAUGGAUCCACAGCUUUCAUACAUCGUCCUCUUUCCAUGCCAAUGGGCAGCACCAUCCUGGCAGUGCAAGCAGAUGUGGGACUGGAGGAAUUGGCCAUCGGGGAGAAAGAUGAAACCUUUGACCUUGAUACCAUUUCUGUCCUCAAGGAUUAUGCCAGCAAGGUCUCUGAGGAAGAAGAAGGAACAGCAAGCAUCUGUCACUUUCAGGCCAAUGAUCACUGCAAUGUUCUUUCAGAGGGAUUCCAGGAGGAGGAAGUGAAGAGCAAUGGGAAGGGACCAAAGGUUCCUGAUAGAAUUUAUCGUUGCGAAUACAGUGGGUGUAGCCGCCUCUUUACCACAUCCCACCAUUUGAAGGUGCAUGAACGUGUUCAUACAGGUGAUCGUCCUUAUAGAUGUGACUUCUCAAGCUGUGGGAAAACCUUUGCAACAGGAUACAGCCUAAAGAGCCAUGUGAGAACUCACACGGGUGAGAAGCCAUACAAGUGCCCAGAAGACUUAUGCACCAAAGCCUUCAAGACCUCUGGAGACCUGCAGAAACAUAUUCGGACACAUACUGGUGAGCGGCCCUUCACAUGCCCUUUUGAAGGCUGUGGCCGCUCUUUCACCACCUCCAAUAUACGCAAAGUCCACAUCCGGACACACACUGGUGAGCGACCAUAUAUGUGCCCUGAGCCUAACUGCGGGAGAGGGUUCACUAGUGCCACCAAUUACAAGAACCACAUGAGAAUCCAUACAGGGGAGAAGCCAUAUGCUUGCCUGGUGCCAGGUUGCGGAAAACGUUUCACAGAGUACUCCAGCCUCUACAAACACCACGUGGUUCACACACAUUGCAAGCCAUACACCUGCAACACUUGUGGCAAAACCUACCGCCAGACCUCUACAUUGGCCAUGCAUAAGCGCACCACGCAUGGGGAGGUGGAGGCCACAGAGGAGAGUGAGCAGGCUCUCUACGAGCAGCAGAUGGGAGCUGCCACUGUUGAUAAGAAUAUCCCUCUACUGAAACGCCAGUGUAUUGUUUCUGUGAAGCUGGAAGAUGAAGAGGAGGAUUGCAUGCCUACACCAGUGGCUCUUGUAUCUCAGGAUGGAGCAGAGCAGGUCAGGCUACCUCAUGAAGACUUGCAGGCACUUGACAGUGAUAUCACCAUGGUAAUGCAGACUGGCACAGCAAUUUUGCCAUCCCGGGAUAAGAUUUCAGCAACGGGUAUAAAUGCUGUGCCUGUCAUUAGCACUGAUGGGACUAAGAUACAACCGGUUACGAUAGUCACUUCUGGGGAAAUCGUCUCUAAGGAUUCACCCAUAACAUCCAUUCAUGACCAGCAGUUGGCAGUACUAGCAAUGGCUAAUGGCACUCACAUUGCAGUUCAGUUGAAAACACAGCACAGCCUGGAAGGUGCCAUCAGCAUGGCAACUGCAGCGAUUCAAGAGCCUGCAACUCUUAAGGCAGCCACAUCGUCGAACAAUGGAUGCUGAGAUAUCACACCAAACAAGACACAGGGAAGGAGAAUCCUCUGCAGGAGCAAUAGUCGCUGGGUAGGCAACUAGCAUCUUCAGAACCUCCAAUUCAAGAGUCAAGCAAUGGGUAUAGUUACGCAUCUGGACGUGGAGAGAGCCCUUAAUAUUUGCUGCUCUCUUUCCAGCAUGAUGAGUAAAUAACUGACAGAUGAUGAAGCUACAUGGACUAUUGGAUGAGGUUUGGUUUAUAAACGACCCUCCUCUAUAAACGCUAAAGCAUGCUUUGGCCACUUUAAGCAAGCCACCCCUUAACCUCUGAGGCAGCAUCCGACCUUUCUAAUUUCUGCUAAAUGUUAAUGUAGGAAAGACUUGUACUUCACUUUUCAUUCCUUGGAGGGGAAGGCCUCCAAAAAAUGAUGGAUUACGCAGGAUGUCAACAGCAAGAACCUUUAUUGCUCUUCCUUCCCUAGGACACAUGCAGUAGGAAGUAUUAGCAUGGGAGCAUUGAAGCACCUUCUCAGCUGGAUCAGUCCAUGGCAGUUCCAAGAUUCACAGCACUGGAGAGAGAUAAAUAUUGGCAUGAUGGAUCUGAUUUAUUCACUUUCCCCUUCUAUUAAGGCCACUUCCGAGCCUUGGCAACAGUGGCAUAAACAAUCUAAACAGAAAGCUUGAAAAAAAAUGAAAUGGCUUUUUAUAACAUUUAUUUCUCUCUUUCAAAUAGAUAGUGGAAGGUUCCAGUGUGUACUUAAUAAAACUUUGAACUUACA